UCAGGUCCAACAGGCGAGAGUUUGAGAGUUUCCUGGACGAGAUGAUCGGGUGGUUUUCUGAUCAUCAGGAGCAGGUGGAUGAGCGUUUCAGCCCCGGUGACGCAGACAGAAGUGGAUCUGUCAACCUGAACCAUUUCCAGUUUGGUCUGAUGGACUUGGGCGUCCCGUGUCAGCAGUUUCAGCUCCACAUGUUGACUCAGCUGCUGAAGACCGCCGAUAACAUGAUCAGUUAUCAAAACUUGAGCGGACAAGUACAGAGACUGAGACUGAGAGACGACGCCGAGCUCGAGGACUUUAUGAAAAGACGAGGAGCAGCUGAGAAGGAGGACGUCUCCUGUUUGGAUCAACGUGUUCACCGUCACCUGAGACUGUCAAACUCUGAAAAGGACAGGUUCCUUCGUCUGAGCGUCAGACUGAUUCCCUUCGACUCCGCUGCAGCCCAUCCGGGGAACUUUGAGGUGGUUUUGGCGAGCAGCAGCAAAGUUCUCAGUCUGAUCAGGAUUAUCCGAAAGCGGGUCGGGAUCCAGAGCUCCAGGCUGGAUGUUUUCAGGAGCAGAGCGCCCACAGAGGAGGUCCGCCUGCCCCCAGAAAGCUCCCUGGAGGAGUGCGGCUUCGAAGGAGGCCCGGAGGAAACUCCUCCAGAGGCCGCGGUGUUCUACGACUACAAGCUGCCUUUUACAGACUGUCCCGUCCUCAACUGUGAUCACUACUUCAGGGCAAAGCCGGACUCUGCUGGCAGGACUGUCUCUAAAUUACAUGACUGACAGCGUUUCUUAUCAAUGAGUUCUGCUGUCACACUGAAGAGUCAUAAUUCUGAUUUUUUAAUGGGACAAAUAUCUUAAUAAUCAAUCAUUUGUCAGUUCUGUCGCCGGUUGCUGGUUUUUGACAAACAUUGAUGUUUUAUUUAUACAAAAUCUGCUGCUAUUCUGGUUAAAUUGUUCCUUGUGAAACUUCUAAACAGGAAGACAAAGUAUACAAAAGUGCACAACAACAACAACAACAAAAGGGGUUUAGGGUAUAAAGACUUUUGACGUUCAGAUGUUUUAUUAUUUUCAUAUUAUAAAGAACCUGGACAGAGCUUUUGAGUGAUGUUCCUGUGCAGUCAAAUCAGUCGAGCUAAACUGUGGUUAGAGUAUAAAGUAAUAAAAUAAGGGCGUGCAGCUACAGCAGAACAAGUAAACAUACAUAGAAACAUACUGUAUGUAAACUGUAUGUUUUGAAGGGGAAACUACACCCUCAAAAAACACUUUACAACAUCAUUUGCAAACCACAAAUUACGAGUCAUGUUUUCCUCGUUCCGGCUAACUGUCAGCUGGUGUGACUGAUUAUUUCAGUUUAACUAUUCCAGCUAUUUCGGUUUCAAAUUAGUCUUCGUGUUUGUGCAACUGUCACCAACUCACACCAGUCUACAGUCUGAACUACGAGCAGUCUGAAGUCUUGUGACUGACGUAAAAAAUGUGACACACCAACAGAAAAGAAGUUUAACAGCCUUAAUGAUAGUGCUCAUAAUUCUAGAUGUUUUAGUGCAUAAUUUCAAAUGUUUACAUGAAAGUUUUUUUAGUUUUUGGAAACUUUAUGAUUCAGACUAAAACUCAAAACACAGUUCUCUGUGUGUCUGAAUGAUUUUAGACUGAGUAACUUGCCUUUUGCUAAUAAUAAGCCGGAGUUAAAGGACACUAAAGGUUAAGAAAACAACAAGUGGAGAUCAACAGAAAUGUUCCAGGUACAAAACUGAUGUGAUGUCUUCCGUGUGGAUGAAGAGUUUUGAAAGAUAAUCCAAAAAAACUCAAAAGUGAAAGUUUACUAUCAUGUACGAUACAGAAAAGUUUCAAAUCCUCACAUUUGACCUCUGAAAAAAAUGACAAAAAUGAUUAUUUGAUUAUCAAAAUAGUUGAUUUAGAAUAGCAGAUUAACUUUCUGUUGACUAAUAGUUGCAGCUGCACAUAUAAACCUCAAUAAAACAAGAUGUUUAUAAUUUGAGAUUAGAUUUUACUGUUCUGAGUGUUU